UAACCCAAGUUGGAGAGAAGAGGAGACGUCUCGACGUGAAACAGAAUCGUCUUUUUUUUAGUUAAUACUUGCAUGGUAGAUCAUAUUUUAUUUUUUGUGAUGGUAAAAGUCAUUUAAUGAAGUUGAAAUGUAUGAAAGAUUAGAAAAUUAAUUUUACAACCAUUUUGGAUAGAUAAGUAAAGUGAAAAAUAAACAAAUGUAUUGUUUCACAUACGAAUAAGGGAAUCAUUACAGAUACACUACAUUUCCACUCAAUGAAGCAGACUUUUUUGUUACAAAAUGUAUGUUGAAGAGGCCGUUGUACAAAAAGCCCUCGAAAGAACCGGUUUUGGCAAGUUCAACAUCGGAAUAACGAUGAUUGCAUCUCUUAUCUAUUUGAACACUGCAUUUUGCAUUACGAGUGUCGGUUUUGUUAUCUCCACGGCUGCCUGUGACUUUCAAAUGACAACUAUAGACAAGGGUCGCAUAAACGCGGCUCCAAUGCUGGGCAUGGUAACGGGCACUUGGAUUUGGGGUUACGUAGCGGAUAUCAAGGGCCGAAAAGUUGCACUCUUAGCAUCCUUAUUUUUACAAUUUGCCGUUGAUUUUCUCGCAUCCAUCAUACCAAGUUAUUGGAUAUUCGUAAUUCUCAAAUUUCUCAGUGGUAUAGGAGUUACAGGCCAACUUUCACUUAUCUACCCAUACGUUGGAGAGUUUCAACCGGUGAAGUACAGAAAUACGGUGUUAUCAUGGUUAGACUUUGCAUGGUCCAUUGGUGUUAUAAUCGUUGCAUUGUUUGCUUGGGUCACCAUACCAUUCGAAUUCCACUACCAAAGGGGCAUGUUUUCGUUCAGAUCAUGGAAUUUAUUUGUUCUGUCGAGUUCCAUUCCGGCCUUAGUGUCAGCUUUGUUGUUGGCAAUCUUGCCAGAAACGCCAAAGUAUCUCGCAGAGGAUGGACAACGAGAUAGGCUAGUCAAAGUUCUUACAAAAAUGUACAUCAGCAACACCGGAAACACUGCUGAAGACUUUAAGGAAGAUCUAAUGACUUGUGGUAUACCAUCGAUCAGCGAACUAGUAUGCCAACACGAGAUGUAUGACAACAAGUCGAGACAAGCGAAAGUCAAAAAGAAUAAACUAGUGGAACUACUGAACAGCUCCAAAUCUCAAACCAAAGCAUUAAUGCGCAGACCAUACUUCAAAAGGUUGUUUGCCAGCGCUUCCAUAAUGUUCUGCAUGUCAUCGACUUAUUAUUCUCUGAUGACUUGGUUCCCAGAACUAUUUCAGAGAUUUGCCACUUUUGAAACUAACCAUCCUGGAAAACAUGCCAGCGUCUGUACUGUAUCGGAACGAUGUAACGCCAACAACUCUGUGAUCGAAUCUGUUGAUAGUUUGACGAAUCUCGACCCCUUUGGUUGUGACAGCCGGAUGGACACGAGUGUAUAUAUUAACUCAGCAUUACUGGGCGUUGCCUGUCUUCCCUGUGCUAUUUUACUGCCACUGACGAUUGAGCGUAUUGGAUAUCGAACUUACUUAAUUUUUACAUCGGCGUGCUCACUGGCAGUAACAGUUGGCUUUUUUUAUGUGAGAAAUUCAAUGGAGAAUCUCAUUAUUUCGUGUGUUUUUGAAGCAUUUACAUCUGUAAACACAAGUAUAAAUUUGUGCAUGAUAGUGGAUCUUUUUCCAACGAGCCUGAGGGUAAUGGCCUCUGCGAUCACGAUAUUCAUCGGACGAUGCGGCUCGUUCUUCGGCAAUAUGCUCUUCGGUUAUCUCAUCGACGAUUAUUGCACCGCAUUGAUCUUAGCGAUGGCCGCUCAACUGUUAAUUGCCACGAUUAUGGGCUGCGCUGUACCGAGCAGAGACAAAAUGAGGAAAAUUCAAGGACGUCCGGAUGUUGUGGUUCAAAAAUAAUUUUUUUUUCGUACGUUCAAAAAAGAAGAUAAAAAAUACUAAUUUGAUGAUUUAUCAACUACACAUCAAAAGGAGAAGCAAGCUAUUUUAGCAGUUAAAAUGAAACGAAAGGGUCAAACCAUUGAAUUAAAAUGCCCUGGUCGAUUUUAUAAUCUGUACUAAUUUUUUCGUUCUCACGUACGAAAACUACGUAAAUUCUUUUUUAAUAAUAACGAUUGGUGCAUAUCAUACGGUGCACUCUCAUGGAUUUUUAAAUGCUAAACGGUAUCUUAAGUCGCCAAAGAUAUAUAUAAAGACUCGUGAAUCAAUAUAUACCCAUUGUAUAUAAACACUCUGAGCAAUCGUAAUAUUGUUAAUGUAAAGUAGUGAAUGUAUUAUAAUUUUAAGUGAACGAUGCAAAAGUAAAUAUAUUUUGCUCAUCGAACUGUUGAUCUAUUGUGGAACUGAAAAUCAGAUGAAUGGUAUUAGAUUCUACAGCUUAAUUAAUCGACAUACGAAGAAAUCGAUACAUUGUAACGUCAACUUAACCUUUUUUAUGAAGUUUAUUGCAAGUGACAUCCUACACAAUUUUCAGUAUAUCGAUUAAUUAGGUGGAGGCCCUUGGGUUAAAUUAAAUUGAGGUAAUGUGGUAAGCUUUGUCGCUUGUUAUGGGUACCAUAAUUCUGAAGUCAUUUAAGUGAAAGAGAUCGACAUGAAAUUGAACUUUUAGACGAGUUGGCGAAAUUAGUGGUAUCAAAGUAUAUCACACUACCACAACCUAAUUCUAUCAGUAAUUUGUCGUAUUGUUAUCAUGAAAAAAAUACAACGUUAUA